GAAUUCUGAACGCACAUCUUUAAAACCUUUUACUUAUCCAGUGCCUGAGACAAGAUUUAUUCAUGCAGGACUGAAUGUGUAUAAAUUCAAGAUCAAAUAUGGCAACACUGUUAGUACUAAUAUUGACCUUCAUGAAAACAUUGUCAAUAAGGAACUAGAGGAAGCAAUCAGAGUAAUACUUGGAAAUCUUAAUAAUUUACACCCAUUUACUACUGGACAUCUGGUCAUGUUUCCUUAUUUAAGCAGAUGGGAAAAAGCAUCAGACUUGAGAUUCAAGUGUGGGGAUGCAUUCCUUUCCCCCUAUCCCUAUGUCUGCAUUGUCUACACAGAAUUACAUUCAAGACAGAAAAGGUUAUUUCUAGAUAAAACAGAAUACAGGGAUAAUUGCAACUUUGCUGGUGAUACAAGUGAACUAAGCAUGUGUGUGGACACAGAAAGAGCUAUGAAGUGGAGCAAGCAGGAGUGCACAGCAGAAAUUUCAUAUGUACAGCAUUAUAAUGAUAGAAAUGUAGCUAGAAGUGCCACCUGUAUUUAUGGCACAACCUGGCCACAUGUUGGAAGAACAAGACUUCAAAAAGAUGUGAUUCAUCCAACUGAGAAUUUGCCAGAUGAAACACGGCUUCGGUACUGUGGAGCUGCCAUUGUUAACAGUGGCUAUGACAACAUGACCUUGGGGGAACAUGUAGAACUUGACAUGGCAGAAAAUGGACAGCAGGAUGGGCGAGUGCUGGUCUUACCACAGGGACCAGAGGAACAUACAGAAUGGGACAAGAGAGGCUUUUUAGCAGUAUUAAAAAGGCAGAACUUCUUCUGCUUGCUACCACAGAACAGCUGGCCCACCUGGCUCAGCGAGCCCUCUGGCAGCAGGCAGGUGCACCCUAGCGAGCUUGCCUUGCCCUUGGCCCAUGGCGGGAAGCCGAGCGAAGCAAAGGCUUUUGAGGAGCUGGAGCCUGAAGGGCUGAAUCUUGUUGCUGCAGGUGCAGCAGCCAAAAGCAGGUGGCCAAGAAGCCUUGAGGAAACAGCUGCAGCCAGCGGGCUUGGGGGAGAGGAUGGGGCGAGGCAGCUGCACAACCCCACACCUUCCUCUGGCAGUGUCAGAUUCAGCAACAAGGGGAACUGCAGUGCUCCCCACCGCCACGAAUGA